AUGGGGCAGGGUCAUUGUUACUCUGCACUAUCUUGGGUAGCCAAUGGUCACCCCCAACAGCCACCAGCAACUCCCAAUUGUUUUUCUUGGUGGCUUCAUCGUGCAUGUCCGGAGGACUUCCAGAGGCUGGCUACUCUGGUGGAGAGUGCAGGAGGACUUCCGGAGGAGCGUGGGAAAUGUCCGGAGGAGCGUGGGAGAGUUCCGGAGGAAUGCAGGAAAUGCUCAGGAGAGUUCCCGCUGCAAGGUAAUACUUCUACAGGAAAACAGGAUGGAAGGAUAGGAGGUCUGGAGGACAGGAGGUCUGGAGGUAUGGAGGACGGAAUGUCCGAAGGUACGGAGGGUGGAAUGUCCAAAGGUACGGAGGGUGGAAUGUCCAAAGGACAGGAUGCCCGGAGGUAUGAGGGACAGGACGUCCAGAGGUACAGAAGACAGGAGAAGCAAACAGAGGUAGACUACUCUAAGGUAGAGUUGGAGGGACAGGAAGUGGACCUAAGUCCGGAAAGAGGUGAUUAUGAUAAUGGCAAGCUGGUUCACAGUGUUGACAAACAUGGAAAUGCCUGGACUCAGGAUGCCUCAGAGGUGUUAUGUCAUCACUUGGGCCCGGAAUUGUGGAAGCAGUCCCUGGACAUGGCAGGCACCAAAGGGAUGAUUCUGCUGGCUUGUGGUUCAAUGUUCAUGAAGCCUUUGCAUUUUGAAAAAAUCAAGUCACUGGUCUCCAGCAAGCGCCUGCAGUUCAUCAUUGGAUUCACUGCUCAUUCGGUUCAACCUUCCAUGGUCAUGCCCUUCAUGCUAUGGGUGAUCAUACAGGUCUACAUUCACCAUUUGCCUGUUGAGCAGGCCCUUGAGCAGGAGAUCGCUCACUGGAGUCUGCUGUCCCAUAUCCCCAUGGUGUUGAUUUGUUGGAAUCAAGACAAGCAUCUGAUUAGCCAGAAAUAUAUAACUUCCACUCUCUCUGGCAAAUGUGGGGCCUUCCCCCCCAAUGUGGCAAUCCCUAUGCAACCCUCAGCCUGGGGACAUCCUAGCCAAACACUCCAAUCACCAAGGCCCCAACUUCUUGAAGCUCUGGUGCAACCACUGUGA